AUGUUUGUUAAGAUUAUGCAAAAAAACAUGAUCAACAAUUUAAGUGUAACAAUUUAAUGGGGACUACACCAUCAAGAAAUAAAAUAGACUUUGAAAUUGUAAUCAAAACUGGUGAUGUAAAGGGAGCUGGCACUGAUAGCAAUGUUUAUUGUUGUUUAAUAGACUGUAAAGGAAAUAAAUCACGGGAUCUACUAUUGGAUGUCAAAUGGAGAAAUGAUUUUGAAAAAGGAAGCAUUGAUUUAUUUAAAAUCAGAAAUGUUCCCAAUAUUGGAAAACUUGAAUCAAUUGAAUUAUGGAGAGAUGAUAAAGGAAUAAAUGAUGAUUGGUAUCUUGAGUAUGCACAAGUUAAACAAAUAACUGGAGUUUUAGCCAAUGAUUUAGCAAAUGAAAGUAUUUUGUGUAAUGGUUUUAGGUACCCAAAAAACAAUAAAAAUGUAAAUGACAAUAUAUUAAAAAACUUUCUUUUACCAUUUCCAUGUCAUCGAUGGAUUAAAGCAAAUAAAAAGUAUAUAUUAUAUGCUUAUGAUUCAUUGUUGCCUCAAUUUGAUCCACGAAUAGAACAGCGAAAAGAAGAGUUAGAGGAUAAAAAAAACAAGUAUGCUUUUUCGGAAUCAUCUGCUGGAAUGCCAAGGAGGGUUGCAAAUUGCCCACGUGAAGAGAAUUUUAGUAAUGAUUAUAAGUGGGAUAUACUUGGUAGAAAGAUAAAACUACUGGCUCAAUCUAAACUUACUCGUUUAUUGACUUCUGAUAAAUGGAAUAGCUUAGAUAACUUUCUUCACAUUUAUAAAGGCACAUUUGAUAUACCUCACGGUUAUUAUAAUUGGGAUUCUGAUGUCAAAUUUGGUGAGCAGCGUUUGCGUGGCUGUAACCCAACGUUAAUUCAACUGUGCACUAAAGUACCUGAAAAUUUUGCUGUAUCAAAUGAAAUGGUUGGUCCAUUUUUGGAUGGUUUAACUCUCGACAUUGCCAUUGAAAAAAAAGAGAUAUUUUGGGUUAAUCUUGGUUUCUUAGAUAACUUGUGUUGUAAAGAUGCUAGAAAAAUUUGUUCACCAAUGGCACUUUUUCAUGCUAAAAAAAAUGGAGACUUGGUUCCAAUUGCAAUUCAACUGUUUCAGGAGCCUUCUUCUAUCAAUCCAGUAUUUCUUCCAAGUGAUCCACCCUAUACAUGGAUGUUGGCUAAAAUGUAUUUCAAUAACGCUGAUUGUGCUGUACAUCAAUCUUGUACACAUCUUGGGUUUACUCAUUUGGUUUGUGAGUCUGCGUGUGUCACUGUCCAUCAAUCUCUUUCCCCUUCACAUCCUGUCUAUCGCUUGUUAGCUCCUCAUUUUUUAUACUUAAUUGCUAUUAAUAGUUUAGCUGUAGAAAAGCUUCUUGCACCAGAUGGUUGGAUUGACAUAACAAUGACAAUGGGUGUAUGUGGACUUAUGGAAAUACUAAAAAGAAAAUGGAAUAACUGGAGACUUGAUCGUGAUGGUUGGCUGCCUAAUGAUAUAAAAAAUAGAGGAGUUGGCGAUACUACUAUUUUGAAAAACUAUAUGUACCGUGAUGAUGGUCUUCUUAUUCAUGAGGUGAUUUUAAAAUAUGUUACAGAAGUCCUUACUGCUGUAUAUGAUACUCCUGAAAAGUUGAAAGAAGAUUACGAAAUUCAAAACUGGGCUUUUUGCUUGACUGAUGAAGCUAAUGGUGCUGGCAUAAAGGGUGUUUUUGGUAAUGGAAAAUUUGAAGAGCUGGAAGACCUUAUUAAAACUGUAUCAUCAAUUAUUUUUCUUGGAAGCGUUGGUCAUGCAUCUGCCAACUUUUGUCAGUAUGAUGAAUAUGCUUUUCCUCCUAAUUAUCCAGCAAUAAUGAAUGGAGAAGUUCCUACUUCAAAGGCUCCAUACACUUUAGAGGAUGUUAUUGCCCAGCUUCCAGAUAAGCAAACAACUUUAAAUAUAAUGGUAGUUACAAAAAUACUUAGCGAUAGAGGUACCAAUCCACUUGGUGAUUUUGAAGUUCAGUAUCAGUAUAAUCCAGAUGCAAUUGCAGCUGUUCAAAGGUUUCGAAGAAAUUUAGCUGAUGUCAGUUUCAAGAUUAAAGAACGUAAUAAAGGCAUGAAAAACCCUUACCCGUACCUAGAUCCUGCUGAAGUUCCAAAUGCUAUUAGUAUUUGACGGAUAUUAUUAAAGAUACGAAGACUAAAAGAAUCAAGUUGUUAAAGGCCAUUGGAAAGAAUUUUCGAAAUUAUAAUUUGGGGAAGAAAAUAAAUGACUUUAUUAAACAACAGAUUUCAUAAGUCAUGAUCUCUUAAUGUAAUCAAAAAAUAUUAUGAUCGGUUGAGAUAAUAAAGUUUUGAUUUGUUCAGUAAAAGAUUAUGAUUGGCUAUUGUCA